AUGGCCCUGCUGCCCCGGGCGCUGAGCGCGAGCCUGCGGUGGGCGUCGCGCGCUCCCACCGGCUCUCCGCUGCUCGCGCCCGCCGGCGCCCCGCAGGCCCGCGCCCGCGCCAUGGAGUACAAGGCGGAGCCGCAGCCCCCGCCGCCGGCCGCCGGCGACGUGGUCUCCUUCGACUACCUGGUGAUCGGCGGCGGCUCGGGCGGGCUGGCCAGCGCGCGGCGGGCGGCCGAGCUGGGGGCCCGCGCCGCGGUCGUGGAGAGCCACAAGCUGGGCGGCACCUGCGUGAAUGUUGGAUGUGUACCCAAAAAGGUAAUGUGGAAUACAGCUGUCCACUCUGAAUUUAUGCAUGAUCACGUUGAUUAUGGAUUUCAAAGCUGUGAAGGAAAAUUCAAUUGGCGCGUUAUAAAGGAAAAACGAGAUGCCUAUGUGAGCCGUCUGAACACCAUCUAUCAGAACAAUUUAACCAAGUCCCACAUCGAAGUCAUCCACGGCCACGCGGCGUUCGCAGACGGUACCCAGCCCACGGUUGAGGUCAACGGGAAAAAAUACACUGCUCCUCACAUCCUGAUCGCCACAGGAGGCCGGCCCGCGCUUCCCGAUGAGCACCAGAUCCCUGGUGCCAGCCUGGGAAUAACCAGUGAUGGAUUUUUUCAGCUAGAAGAACUGCCUAGCCGCACUGUCAUCGUGGGUGCCGGCUACAUUGCUGUGGAGAUAGCUGGCAUCAUGUCUGCGCUGGGCUCCAAGACGUCCCUCAUGAUCCGGCACGACAAGGUCCUUAGAAAUUUUGAUUCAAUGAUCAGUUCCAACUGCACAGAUGAGCUGCAGAAUGCCGGCGUGGAGGUCCUGACGUACUCACAGGUCAAGGAAGUUAAAAAGACUUCAGAAGGCUUGGAACUCUGCAUGGUUACUGCAGCUCCUGGUAGAAAACCCGCCUUUACCACAAUUCCACAUGUGGACUGUCUUCUCUGGGCCAUCGGGCGGGACCCAAAUUCCAGGGGCCUGAAUUUAAACAAACUGGGGAUUAAAACUGAUGAGAAAGGUCAUAUCAUCGUAGAUGAAUUCCAGAAUACCAAUGUCAAAGGCGUCUAUGCAGUUGGAGAUGUCUGUGGAAAAGCUCUUCUUACUCCAGUUGCAAUAGCUGCUGGCCGAAAACUUGCCCAUCGACUUUUUGAAUGCAAGUCAGAUUCCAAGUUAAACUAUGACAACAUCCCCACCGUGGUCUUCAGCCACCCUCCCAUCGGGACCGUGGGACUCACAGAAGAUGAGGCCAUUCAUAAAUAUGGAAAAGACAAUGUGAAAAUCUACUCGACCACCUUUACCCCAAUGUACCACGCAGUGACCACAAGGAAAACAAAAUGUGUGAUGAAAAUGGUUUGUGCCAACAAAGAAGAAAAGGUGGUUGGGAUUCAUAUGCAGGGAAUCGGGUGUGAUGAAAUGCUGCAGGGCUUUGCUGUGGCAGUGAAAAUGGGAGCGACCAAGGCCGACUUUGAUAACACGGUGGCCAUUCACCCUACCUCUUCAGAAGAGCUGGUCACACUCCGUUGAGGAUCCAGAGACUUACAUGGCCAGCGCCGGGCCAGUAGACUUCUUUACUUCCUGUUCCGCGUUUAUAUAUUCCUUUAUUUCAAUCAGGAUCUCCUGACAGUGGAAAUUUUUAGUAAAGAAUGGAACUUAUUUAUGUGAUCAGAAAAUUGUUUGGUUAAUCUAGGGUUGAUUUUUAUUUGAUUUAUAUGUCCCAAUAAUUAAUAUUUUAAAGUUGUUUUUUUUUAAUUAGUGGCUCUAUGCUACUUUUCCCCCCUCCCUCUUGUAGUCUUAUCCCAAGUUUACAAUUUAUGAAGUACAAUGAAGUUAACGUGUUUGGAUGAGUGUAGCUUGCAGCUUGUUCAGACAGGUUUCCUGGUCUAGCCAGGCUGGUCUCGGACUCUCAGUCCUCCUGUCUUGGCUUCCUUCAACCCUCCCACUGGGGCUUAAACUCAGAGUCUUGUGCUCAUUUGGCUCAUUCAGCUUGAGCCAUGCCUCCAGGUAUGCUUUCUCGUGAUUAAUUGGAGAUAGAGCGUUGAGGACUUUUAUGCCUCAGCUGAGUUGGACGUUGAUCCUUCAGGUCUCAGCCUCCUUAGCACCCGGGAUUACAGGAGUGAGCCAUUGUUGCCUGUCUAUGUCCUGGUGUCUUGAGUACUGGAAUUACAGUCAGGCACCUACACCCCCCAGCCUAGCCUGCUGGUUUUUCAAGUUGAAAAUGAUUGGAGCUCUUGAUACAUAUUUAUUGCAAGGCACAGACAUAAAUAUUACAACGCACAGUCUUCGUUUUUUGUUGUGUUUUUGAAGCCAGCACUGUGCUCUGCAUAGCAAAGCUGUUUCGAGGAUGUGACCUUUCUCCAGUAGCCCGGUUAUGUUCUUUCUAUUGUUUCCAGUGAUUUUAAUGAUUGUUAUUUUUAAAAAUUGUUUUCAUGUGAUAAAGUACAUCAAAUUUAGGAGACUUAAGGAGGCCAGGUCAAUAAGAGACAACCUGUGAGUCCUGCUUUCAGAAGGGGGUAUACUUGACUGUAUCUGAAGUCUGUUCUUCUGCUAAAGUUCAUAGUUCAAUGAAUACUUUUAAUACUUG